UGAAGUCGAACCCAAUUCCUCCGUUUCUCAAUUCUGACUGACUGUCUUUCUUUCUGCGUUUGCUGGGCAUCUCUCUGAAACUGUAGGCUCUCUCUCUCUGCGUUUCAAAAGCAAUGGCAGGAGCUUUGGUCGACGUCAAGCCUACUCCGAUCCUGAAGGAGGAGCUUGACAUCGUGAUCCCGACGAUUCGAAACCUGGAUUUCUUGGAGAUGUGGAGGCCGUUCUUCGAGCCCUACCAUCUGAUCAUAGUCCAGGACGGUGACCCGUCGAGGACCAUCAAGGUCCCAGAUGGCUUCGACUAUGAGCUCUACAAUCGAAACGACAUCAACCGUAUUCUGGGUCCCAAGGCCUCUUGCAUUUCCUUCAAGGACUCUGCUUGCCGCUGCUUUGGCUACUUGGUCUCUAAGAAGAAGUACAUCUUUACCAUUGACGACGAUUGCUUUGUUGCCAAAGACCCAUCUGGGAAAGAGAUCAAUGCACUCGAACAACAUAUAAAGAACCUGCUAAAUCCAUCAACUCCUCUAUUUUUCAACACUCUUUAUGAUCCAUACAGAGAAGGCGCAGACUUUGUCCGUGGAUAUCCUUUUAGUCUCCGUGAGGGUGUCCCUACCGCUGUUUCUCAUGGCCUCUGGCUCAACAUCCCUGACUAUGAUGCUCCCACCCAGCUUGCCAAGCCUCUAGAAAGGAACACCAGGUUUGUUGAUGCAGUUCUGACCAUACCCAAGGGAACUCUAUUUCCUAUGUGUGGUAUGAACUUGGCAUUCAACCGUGAACUGAUUGGACCAGCAAUGUACUUUGGACUCAUGGGUGAUGGUCAGCCAAUUGGAAGAUAUGAUGAUAUGUGGGCUGGCUGGUGCAUGAAGGUUAUAUGCGACCAUUUGGGAUAUGGUGUCAAGACGGGUCUGCCCUACAUAUGGCACAGCAAAGCCAGCAAUCCAUUUGUUAACCUCAAAAAGGAGUACAAUGGUAUAUUCUGGCAAGAAGAGCUGAUCCCCUUCUUCCAAUCUGCGGUCCUUACAAAAGAAUGCACUACUGUUCAGCAGUGCUACAUCGAACUCUCUAAGCAAGUCAAGGCUAAGCUUGGCAAGAUUGACCCAUACUUCCUUAAGCUGGCAGAUGCCAUGGUUACUUGGGUAGAAGCUUGGGAUGAGCUUAACGGAAAAGUGUACGCUGUGUCAUCAUACUUGGACAAUCGCCCUGGUGGAGACGAAGUAGUCCUUGCUGCAACUGGAAGAGAUGCCACUUAAGAUUUUGAAGAUGCUGGGGAUAGCAAUACUGCAAGGGAGCUUGACACCACUUCCUCAGCUAUCCCGGAACUCGGUAUAACCUCUAAGAAUCAACCAGUUGAUUAUCUUCAGAAGAUCAAGGACUUGACAAAGCCCAUCUGGGCAGAUGCAGACACAUGGUUUGAGAGGCUGCAACAAGAAGAGGAAAUGUAAGCGUAUUCAGGCUGAGAACUGGGCUGCCAUGCAGGCUGCGGAAGAGUUACACAGGAAAAAGAAGACAGAAAGCGAGAUGAAGGAUGACCCAUAGCAAGGGCUGAAGCAGAAGUUUUGAAACAAAAUGACUAGUUUCACUGCUUCCCAAGUGAAAAUUAUGAGAGGAAAAUGUCAAAUCCUUGUAAUUUGUCAAGCUCCCUUGUAAAACUUUUUGCUAACGAAACAAAUACCAGAUUCUUAAUGAGAUAAAUGAUGAGUUAUCCUUCUAUAGAA